AGAAGAAGAGGGAGGCUUUUUUUCCGGAGCCGCCAUUUUGAGGCAGUCGACGGCGACGCGAUGUCGAUGGAGCAGACGAUCAUGGCGCUGAACCGCGGCUCGGCCAGCACCAUGCUGCAGCUGCAGAACCAGCUGUACUGCUUGGGGCCAUCACGGAGCCCGGCCAGCACCUCCGCCUCCUGGACUUCGAGGGACGGCUCGCUGCCUCAGAGCCCCGACGAGUCGGAGGCGCCCUGCUUCGACGGCCUGUACCUCAUCACCUCCUCGUUGGUCGGCGCCUUCCUGCGGGAGUACACGGGCACCGCGGUGCCGGCGGAGCGCGGCGGCGGAGGAUGGCUGAGCUGGGGCCCGCAGCAGAGCGGAGUCGAGCGGCAAGCGGCCGAGACGCUGCGGAGGGUCGGCGGGCACCUGAUCGAGAAGCACCGCACGGCGUUCACCGGAAUGAUAAAUCGUCUCAACAACUCCAACAGCUGUAACCCCGGAGCCAUCUCUGAGGUGGCCGCAGAAAUGUUCAGCGACGGCGAGGUCAACUGGGGCCGGGUGGUGACUCUCAUUGCCUUUGGGGCAGUCCUGGGCGACCACCUGAAGAAGAAUCAUCCGGAAAAUUGCGUCGAUCAGGUGGCCACACAGAUCACACAGUACCUAACCAAGGAGACGAGGGAGUGGCUGGAGACUCACAAUGGCUGGGACGGCUUCACGAAAUUCUUCCACGAGAACAACAGCGAAGAGACGGCAAAGAAAGUGUUGAUGUGGUUUGCGGGAGUCGGCAUCGCUGGAGCGAGCAUCAUGCAUCUCCUAAGGUGAAUUCUGAUCCUAGUCCUCUGCUCUCGCAUCUGACCCGAAGCACACGGCGUCGCUCCUCGCUUGGCUGUGCUUCCCUGCGCCACCACACCCCCCUGUUUCCCACCCAGGUGUACACGGCUCAGGAUGCAGGUUACCGUACCCAGAGGAUGUGCGUAAACGGGGGUGUGGUGUCUGGCGGAACAGGCCCUGUACUGAGUUUGGGGGUGGGUGGGGUGGUUGAUCUACCCUUGCCCCCCCCAACUACGUGUGUGUGUGUGUGGAACCGGAGGGUCGAGAGCUGUUGUCAGUUUGCCGACUUUUGCUGACACUGAACUUGUGGGACAGUGAGAUAGAAGAACUUUGCUUCGUCCACUUGCUGCACACUGUGGGACUUCCUAGGCUUUUACUGUUGUUUUAAAACCUCAAGACUUUUAUCCAGACAGUGUUGGGAUGCUGAAGCCCUCAUGAACUGUUACUGCAUUAACUGGGCUCUCACGAACAUCUGCACUAGUCUAUCAUCAGACAGGAAAGAUGUCCACUCCAGCAUUGUGUGAACUUUGUCUGUCUGUCUCUCUCUCCCUCCCUCCCUCCCUCCC